GAGGGCACACUGAUUCGGUUAACUCAGUCUCGUUCUCGCCCGAUGGCACUCGCAUCGUGUCUGGUUCUUCGGAUGACACUGUCCGGCUGUGGAAUGCAGCAACAGAACAGCAAUUUCAGGAGCACACUGAAAUCCACUCCUCUACAUUCCCUUCGGAUAGACGUCCCACCACACAGGAGACUAUCAUGUUUACCAAUACUCGAAACAAUCCCAGCAUUUGCUUCGCAUCCAGCUUGGAAUAUGCACUGCAAAACCCUGCUGAGCUACUUGAGGACACCUCUUAUCUUCAUGCAACCCCUGCCAAGCCGGCAGAUGAUGGAUGGAUGGUAGUAGGAGCCUAUCAUCGUCUGCUUUUCUGGAUACCUCCCGCUUCCCGACAAACAUUUUACAAUCCUAGGACUGUACUUGUGAUGCCCAGUGGGCUAGACAUUGAUUUGAGCCGCAUGGCUCAUGGAGAAGACUGGUCGAAUUGCCGAGAUGUCGUUACUUGCCGAUGAUCCCGUCGUAGUCAUACCGAGUGUAUGGUUUUAUCUAUGUCGAUUAUAUCUCUGCUAUCAAGCUUGAAUUUGGAGCUGUUUGCUAUCGUCAUGGUCCCAGAGUUGGUGCUUUAGCAACAGCAUGGCGCAACGUUUUGAAAUCUAGUGUGCGCCAUAAUUACCAUAGAGUAACAUGGGGCGUUAAGGUUUGCUGUUCAAGUGCUCUUCACGAUACUUUAAAAAUUGUCUCCCAUAAACAUUUCUCGUCG